AUAAGAAAAUGAAAGUGUUUUUUGACCUUGCAUGCUUGUCAACCUGUUGUUGAGGACUCCCAAAAUCAAAAAAGUACCUUUUAUUACCCAUAAUAGGGGCACUUUAAUAAUGGAUUCACUAGGAUCUUGGCGAUGGAGAUUGAGAUCUUCAGGAAGCCACUCCUGCAGCCCUCCAGCAAUAAAAGCAGAAACCCCGCUGUCUGAUCAUUCAGAGGAGAGCAAAACAGGCAGAACAGCUGGAUCUGAGUCACACUGCUGUGAAGAUGGAGUUUGUUAAAGAGGAACGUGAAGACACUGUUCCAGAAACACGCGGAACCAGAGACGAAGAAACCGAACAGAAAGACCUGAAGGAAGAGGAAAGUGAAGAAACGAGUGAAGAUGAAACAGAAAGUGAUGUACAGAGUGAAUGGGAAGAGGAAAGUGAAGAACUGGGUGAAGCUGAAGAGGAAAGUGAAGAAGAACUGAAUAAAAACUCUUCUAAAAAGAAAGUGUCUCAAAAAAGAAAGUCGUGCACCUGUCGUGAGUGUGGAAGGAGUUUCACGUGUAAAAGAAGCCUGAUGGAGCACAUGAGAAUUCACACCGGAGAGACGCCUUUCUCCUGCAGUCACUGUGGAAAGAUGUUUAAAUACAAAGGAAGCCUGACAGAUCACGUAAGAAUCCACACCGGAGAGAAACCGUUCAAGUGCACUCACUGUGGAAGGAGAUUCACACACAGAACAAGCCUUUCAGGACACGUGAAGAUCCACACCGGAGAGAAACCUUUCACAUGCCAGCAGUGCGGGAAGGGUUUUAGAUCUAAAUCAAGAUACAAUGAUCACUUAAAAACUCACUCUGGUGUGAAGCCCUUCAUCUGUCUUCAGUGCGGGAAAGGUUUUAGUUUGGCUUUACACCUGAGAUCACACGAGAUGGUUCACAGAGAAGUGAAGCCGUAUCACUGCGCUCCAUGCGGGAGGAGUUUCACCAAGUAUCUGUUCUUAAAAGACAUUUAAAGUCCUUCAUACAUAAUAAAUACAGGCCGCUAGAGAGAUUCAUGCUCCAGAGUGGCUCCUCAGCUCAUGGAUGGCCUUCAGGACUGAAUGUGUCCUUCACUAAAACACACUCCCUGCAGUGAAGUUCCUACCAUUUCAGUC